AUGGAGCGGGGCGGCGGGGGCGGGGGAAGCCUCGAACUCGCCGGGGGCGGAGGCGGCGGUGGCAACGGGGAUUUGUGCCUUCAGGAUCUCGUUACCGGAUCGACAACCGGUCUAUCGGUCCAGCAUCAUCAGCACACCGCCGCAUCCGCGAUGGCCGGCCUCCACGGUGACCACUUUCAGGGAACGAUGCACCAUCCCGAUCUUCACGGGAAUUCGCAUCACGACACAUCCAUGUUGCACAACUCGACCCAUCAGUUGCACGAACCGCUGGAGAAACUUAAACGUGUAUGGGCACAGGGCGACUUCCGGGACGAGACGAACGAGGGUUUGGCGAGGCUCGAUUCGACGGGUCACGGAGCUCACACCCCCGGCGGCAGCAACCCCAGUAAACAGGGCGCGACAAACACGGCACCCUCCGGUGGAUUUUCCACCGCGCCGCCCAGAUCUCGCACGAACACGACGCACAGGCCGGAUAUCCGAAAAGGUGUUCGGACACCGACAGAGGUGAAACACGAACUGGGUGCCGGCGGAGGGGUGGUUUCUCCCGCGGGUAUUGCUGGCGUGAACGACGCGGACGAUAAGGACGGGAAAAAGAACAAACGGCAAAGGCGGCAGAGGACGCAUUUCACGUCGCACCAGCUCCACGAGCUGGAGGGUUUCUUCACGAGAAACCGGUAUCCGGACAUGCCGACGAGGGAAGAGAUAGGUCAGUAUCUCCGCCUUCAAGAAUCACGAGUCAGGGUAUGGUUCAAGAACAGAAGAGCAAAAUGGCGGAAGAAAGAGCGUAACGCAUUGAACGCAGCCGCGGCAGCCACCGGCGAUUUCAAGACCGGUUUCAGUACCGCCAACCUAAACGGUUUCAUCGGCCAGCCAUUCGCAGACCCGGACGCCCUCUACAGUUCGUACAGUACGUACAACAACUGGGCGGCCAAGGUCCCGUCCCCGUUGAGCACCAAAAGUUUCCCGUGGAUGAACACUUUGGGCUCGGUUGUACCCACCGCAUCCCACCACCAUCACCACACACAAGUUAGCCCCGUGAAUUGCUUCAACGCCGCGGCAACGUCUGUCGCCAGCAGCCACAUGGGCGGUAUGUCCGUGUCGGUUGGUCAGGCAGCCACCUCUAUGUUACCCGGAAUGGGAUCAGGCUUAGGUGUGGCGGGUUCCCCUGUUGCGGCGUCAGGUGCAGCGUGUCCGUACGCGACACCAGCCGCGCCUCACCAUCCUUACGGACCACCAGUCUACACUCCACAUCAUAGAACCGCGGCGGCACCUGAGAUGACCUCGAGUAGCAUCGCCUCCUUACGAUUAAAAGCCAGGCAACACAGCAGCGGUUACAGCGGUCUGAGCGGCAGCUCGUUCAGCAUAGACAGCACACCAGUCUCCGCGGCUGGAAGUCCCGUUAGUUCCAGAGCGUCCUCGGUAGGGGGCGGUGGUGGUCUGAGCGCCUGUCAAUACGCUAUGUCGACAACCGGCGAAGGUAAUCCACACUCGCCUGGAAACGCCGAGGCUCACGUGAACGCAACUGCCAGAGCCCAAGUCUGA